AUGUCUUGGGUAAAUCAGUAUUUAAGCACGGGCAACCAUGGCUCUAUACAAUACGACGGAGGUGUUUUAUAUCCGGGACCUGAGGAAGACAUUGAAAUGGGCGAAAGAAUUCCAUUAACAAAUGUUAAUCGUUCUCGUAGUACUAAUGAUAUUCGAACAGUGCAAAGAGAGGAUGCUGCUAAUCGUAUACGGUAUGGCAAUAAUGCAGCAUACGAUGAUACCAGUGGCGAAAAAGUUGAAUUUGAACGCGUGCCUGACACAACGCCAGAAGAAAGCAAUCUUGGAGUGCGGCGGCGCCGCCCAAAUAGACCACGAAAUCGUGGUCGAGGUCAACCCAGUGCAGAUACAGCAACCUCUAGCGAAACGGUGCCCUUGUUAUCUGAAAGUGUCACGGACGGGGCAGCAAUUAGCACAGCUGGUAUUACAAGUUCAGGACAGAUAGCGAUAGCGGCUGGCGCGACGACUGCUGCCGCCGCAGGUGCUGCUUACGGCGUUACAAAACUAGUUGAACGUGUACAGAAGAAAGGAUAUACUUUACCUGGUAGUGAUUACGUAGGACCUGGAAAUCCUAUAAAUAUAGACGCACCGCGCAGUGGAGCAGAUGCCAUUGCUAAAGAGCACGACGUUGGAUACGAUAAUUUGCUAAAGGAAGCAAGGGAACGACCGUUUACAGAAGAAGAAUUUAGACAACGAGUUCAACAAUUGGAUGCAAAAGCUAUAAUUGAUUUUGCAAUUGACUGGAGUCAUACACGAAAUUGGCAUUCAUUUGUUGGAAAGUACGGACUGAAAUUGAAGACAGCUGUUGAACAACGUAUUGGAAAAACUUUGUACCCGAAACAACCGAAUGCCGAAAAAACAGAUCACGACCGCCCAUCAACAUCUGGUUCAGCCUCUGGAACAAGUUCUGUAGACGAACAUCACGACGACGAAGAAGUAUCACAUAGCGAAGAAGACGAAGACGAAGAAGCACCAGAAGAAAUACAACAACAUUCUGCACCACAACGUUUAGUACCAUACUCUGACAGUGACGAAGGUAUGAGUUCGCCAAUGCAGGUAGAUUCAGGUAAACGACAGGCUGCAGCAGGUCAAUCUGGUGGAUCUAAGAAGAAAAAAACGUUAACAGGCACCGCAGCACCAUCUGCUAAUGUACUGGGUGAUUCUCCUAAUACUCGUGUUGAUCCAUUACCUGCUCCUUCUAUAUUAGAUACUGGUAACAUUACAAGAUAUCGCAAAGUUCAUAGAUUUUUCACAUACGGUUUAGCAUACAAAGUGAUUGAACAUGAAAAAGCAGUAUGUAUGAUUACUCCUUUAGCAGAAAUUCCCGUUUAUCAGCAACUGAUAAAAAAAAGGGGCCCCCCAAGCCACUUCCCGUGGCAGUGUUCGCCCUCCUGUCAUACUGCUCCCCCUUUCUCCAUAAACGGAAAAUGUGAAGUCCUCGAGGGAAUCAGCAUUUCCGUUUCGCAACGAGAGAAAACGCGGCGAGGUCCCUCGUGGGCAGGGACGGGCAGAGACAGUGGAGGACGCAGGCAGGCGCUGCACGUCGGACCCCGGCGCGCCGCGGCCGCCUCGCCGGCCCGCUGGGGGCGGCUUUAG